UUAUCGUUAAUAUCCAUUAUAGCUGGUAUAUGGGUAGGUUUAUUAUUUUGUUACCUACCUUUAAAAAAAAUAGCGUAAAAAUAAAUGUAUUUAUUAUUUUUAUUAACACAGCAAUGGUUCACCCAAUUUAACAAGCCUGGACAUUUUCUUCGUGUGAUCUGCCAAACUAACAUAUUAUGUACAAUACAUUUUCUAACAUAAAUAGAUCGUUCCAAAGGUCAAACUUGUUGAAAUUAUUAUGUCCAAAUAAUUGUGGCCGAUCAUAUAAUCAUCGUGGAACAUUACGCAGGCAUCUCAAAUAUGAAUGUGGUGUACCGCCACAGUUUAAAUGUGAAUACUGUCCUAGGACUUUUGCUCAAAAAGUCAAUCUCAACAAACAUCAAAUGGCUGUACACAAAAAUAUUUUAGAUGCAAUGAGCAUGUGCUUUGUUGAAUUAUGUGAAAAAUAAGUUAUAUGAUAAAUUAUAUAUUUUAUGUUAAUUUUUAAGAAAUAUUGAGUCUA